ACAUAGAUUGAAAAUCGCAGUGAAAUUAGAUUAUGUCCGAAAAAAUCUCUAUAUUUAAAUUGAAUACAGAAAUAGGCCCAAAUGAAGUAGGGUUUCCUUCUUCUUCAUAUUCACUCUCACAGCCCCGUACAACUCUUUUACUAGCCGCUUCCCCAGAGCUCUCUCUCAACCCGAGCUCUCUCAAGACUCGUUUGCUUUGGUUUUGUUUUCUACUAACACGCUUUGAUGGCUGGAGUUGCUCUUUUUAAUAAGAAAAAAGGUGCUAAGGCCAAGGCCAAUGCCCAAAAAGCUCCACUAAAAAAGAAGCAAAAGAAUGAGCUUUUCACUGCUAAGAAGUCUAAGAAAGAAGAACAUUCUGAUGUCUUCUCGGAUGAAGAGGAACAAGAAGAAGAAAUAAAGGGAUUUGAACAGUCUGAUUCUGAUGGAGAUGAAGAUGGUUCUGAUUUGGGUUCCGACAUCUCUUCUGAUGGUGAUAACCCCAAGACUGAUGAUUUCCUCCAAGAAGAUGGUUCAGGGUCUGAUUCAGGUUUGGGUUCAGAUUCUGAUUCUGAUGAAUCGGAUAUUGAGGCCAAGUCAAGAGCUAUUGAUGAAGAAAAGGAAAGGGAAGAGGAAGAAGCAAUGGAAGAAAUGCAGUUGAACAUUAAAGAUGAAUCCGAUGAGUUUAGAUUACCUACUAGGAAGGAACUUGAAGAAGAGUCUCAAGGACCUCCUGAUCUUCAGAAUCUCCAGAGGAGAAUCAAAGAGAUUGUUCGAGUGCUGUCAAAUUUUAAGGCUUUGAGGCAAGAAGGGGCAACAAGAAAAGAUUACAUUGAGCAACUUAAGAGAGAUUUAAGUACCUCCUAUGGAUAUAAUGAAUUUCUAAUUGGAGCUUUAGUUGAGAUGUUUCCUGUUGUUGAACUUAUGGAACUUCUAGAAGCUUUUGAAAAGCCUCGACCAACUUGUCUCCGAACUAACACUUUGAAGACUCGAAGACGGGACUUGGCAGAUGUUCUAAUUAAUAGAGGAGUAAAUUUGGAUCCCUUAAGCAAGUGGUCUAAAGUUGGACUGGUUGUGUAUGAUUCCCAAGUUCCAAUUGGUGCAACUCCGGAGUAUAUGGCAGGUUAUUACAUGCUCCAAAGUGCAAGCUCCUUUUUGCCUGUCAUGGCCCUAGCACCACAGGAAAAGGAAAGGAUUGUUGAUAUGGCCGCUGCACCUGGUGGUAAGACAACUUACAUUGCCGCUCUCAUGAAAAAUAGUGGAAUGAUUUUCGCAAAUGAGAUGAAGGUGCCAAGGCUCAAGUCACUCACUGCAAAUCUGAAUCGGAUGGGCGUGACCAAUACUGUUGUUUGCAACUAUGAUGGGAAGGAGCUACCGAAAGUUUUGGGUAUCAACGCAGUUGAUAGAGUGUUAUUGGAUGCUCCUUGCAGUGGGACGGGGGUUAUAUCAAAAGAUGAGUCUGUUAAAAUUUCUAAAAGCUUAGAUGAAAUACAGAAAUGUGCACAUUUGCAGAAGCAACUGCUACUCGCUGCAAUUGAUAUGGUUGACGCCAAUUCAAAAUCUGGAGGGUACAUUGUUUACUCCACCUGCUCCAUAAUGGUUGCUGAGAAUGAAGCAGUUAUUGACUAUGCACUCAAGAAGAGAAACGUUAAACUUGUGCCAUGUGGGCUUGACUUUGGGGUUCCAGGGUUCAUUCGGUUUAGGGAACAGCGCUUCCACACAUCUUUAGAGAAGACAAGGCGUUUCUAUCCCCAUGUUCACAAUAUGGAUGGAUUUUUUGUUGCAAAGCUCCAAAAGAUGGGCAAUGCAAAACCAGCCGGUGAAUCUUCUGAAGCAAUGGAAACAGUGGAGCAAGAUGUUGAACCUAACGAAAAUGGCGACGAAGAAGCAGCAGCGGAAAAAGAUGUUAAAGAGAAUUCAAAAGAUAUCAAGAUCGCUCAAAAAGAGAAAAAGGACACUGAAAAAGAGAACAGGGUUAUAAAGAAAGAUGCCACUGAAAAUGGGAAGAAAGAAUUCCCUCCCCGAGGCAGAAAAAGAAAAUUUCCUUCAAGAGAGGAAAUCUCGAGAAUCAGGGAAGAGAAAAGAAGAGCUUUGAAGCAGAAAAAAUCUUCCAAUUGACCAUUCUUUGCUGUUGUGGCCUUCUACAAGUCCAAAAAGUUUUGUUUAUCUUUUCUUUUUCUUUCUCAACCAAGAAAAAAUUUAUAAUUAUUACAACCAAAUGUAUUUUUUUGGGUCUUUAGAGAAAUGUACAAUAUUUUGGUAUUCGAGUUCGAUGUUUUACUAUUAGGUUUGUAUAAUUAUUUUAUUAUUAUUAUUUUUCUUUAUUUGAUAAGCAUUUUAGUUCAAAACGUCCGUCUUUAUUUCAUUAAAAUUUGUAUCUUUUCAUCUAGACAAAUGCAAAAAUAGGAGAUGUAGCUUGUUUUUGUUCAUAUU